GAGAUGAGAGUACACAUGGAUUGCCCUGGAUGCGAAGACAAAGUAAAAAAUGCACUACAAAAACUUAAAGGUGUGGAUAACAUUGAAAUAGACAUGAAGCUGCAAAAGGUGACUGUGAAUGGCUAUGCUGACCAAAAACAGGUUCUGAAAACGGUUCGAAAAACUGGGCGUAGGGCUGAACUAUGGCAGCUUCCUUACACAAUGGAGUCACAGAACCAAUAUUUUCAACAGCACCAUUGCAAUGGCCCUGUUACCUACUAUGCUUCUCAACCUUCCUCAUCUUAUAACUACUACAAGCAUGGUUAUGAUAGCAGUGACCCUCGCUAUUAUAACUAUCCCUCACAAUCUUCCAUCUUUAGCCAUCAAACUGGUGCUACUUUUAGUGAUGACAAUCCUCACGCUUGUGCAAUUAUGUGA